AUGAAGUUCUCCUCCACCAUCGCCAUCAUGGCUCUUGCCGGCUUCACCGCCGCUGCUGGUCUUGAUUCCAUCCCAGCCUGUGCUAAGCAGUGCAUCGACGAUGCCGUCACCAAGGUCACCACGUGCACCACCACCGACGUCCCUUGCAGCUGCAAGAACAUGGACAAGAUCCAGACCGAGGCCACUCCCUGUGUCUUGAAGGCUUGCGGAGCCAAGGCAGUUGAUGUCAUCACUGCUGUCACGGAGCUCUGCAAGGACGGUGGAGCUGCCCCAUCCAGCUCUGCUGCCCCAGAGACCUCUGCCGCACCAUCCAGCUCAGCGGCCGCCCCUUCCAGCUCCGCUGAGGGAUCCUCCAGCGCUGCUCCAUCCAGCUCCGCCGCUGCCCCAACCUCCGCAGCCGGAACUGGAUCCGCCCCAACCGUCAUCUCCUCCUCCAAGGUCGCCGCUCCCACCAACGGCACCUCCACCGGCACCGCUCCUCCCGUCGAGGUCACCGGUGCUGCUGGCCAGCUCGUCAUCGGUGCCGGAAGCUUCGUCGCUGCCGGUAUGGCUGUCCUCGCCGCCUUGUAA